AGUCUCGCAUUUUGAGGGGCGAAGCCGCAUAAAAGCGUUUCCACAAUGCGGCCGUGAAGUGCUCCAUGUAGUAAACGGAGAGGGAUUCAGGAGGAGGACAGCGGAGGGUUACCGGCUUUACACCGAGCCUGCGUGCCAGGAACCGGGAGGGAAUAAAAUGUCGAACCGAAAGCACCGGGACAACCAGGAGAUCUGCGCCCGCAAGGUCCGUGAGCUGGCCCAGUCCGGAGUAAACAAACACUGCUUCGAGUGCAACCAACCCGGAGUGACUUACACCGACAUCACGGUGGGCAGCUUCGUCUGCACGUCGUGCUCCGGAAUGCUGCUCCUCUCCGGUUGUGGGCGCGCGCGCGCGUGUGUGUGCGUGCGUGUGCGGUCACAUUUUGUUAUGCAUGUUCAGCCUAGUCCCAACACUCCCCAGGAAGACGGUCUCAGCACUUUAUUGGGCAAUCCUGCACACAUACAGCAGUGUCCACUUUGUGUGUCCCCCACCCACCACCACCACCUCCCAGCAUGGAGACAGAGAGGCCUCAACCCUCCCCAUAGGGUCAAGUCAAUCUCCAUGACAACCUUCUCCCAACAGGAAGUGGAGUUCCUCCAAAACCAUGGCAACGAGGUCGGGAGGAGGACUUGGCUGUGUGUGUUUGACCCAAAGACAGACGGCUGCUCAGACAUGAAGGACUCUCAGAAGUUCAAAGAGUUCCUCCAGGACAAAUAUGAGAAGAAAAAGUGGCAUUUUUCUAAAAGUAAGAACCGGAGGGAUGUCGAGGGUCCUUGGAGCCCAGGGGUCCAGGCCAUGCCCCCUUCACAUGGUCCCUUGGCGAGCCAGGCCCCCUCGCAUAACCUUCCCCCCAACGCCAGGUCCACAAGGCCACUGUCUCAGUCCCAGCUGCCGUCUUGGGAUCGAGCUCCUGUGAUCUCGCCUGCUGACAUGCGGACGGACAUGUUUACCGCUCGGCCAUCGCGCUCCCAAAGCUUCAGAGAUCCCUCUCUGAAAGAUCCCACCCUGUGUGGGAUAGAACGGCAGCGGCCAGGCUCCCUGUCAUCAGCACUGGGAGCUCAGAGCCACGGCCCCUCCUUCCCCGCCCUACCGCGCCCCUCAGUCAGUAGCUCUUUCAAAAACCACUUCACUUUAGGUCGUACAAUAUCAGCCUCGGGCACCACAGGGCCCUUCAGGGCCUUCCCCAAGUCUCUCAGCGUCGACUUUGGAGGUCUGAACCAUCCGCCGCAGCAGCAGCAGCAGCAGCAGCAGCAGCAUCUGCCCCAGGCUCUGUCACAUCAGCAGCCUGGAAGCGUCGGCCAGACGACACCGCCAGUUAGCAGCGGAAACGCCCAGGAUAGAUAUGCUGCGGUGUUACAGCUGGACAGCGUCUUCUCCGACACAUCAACAGCCACAGCUCCACCUGCUGGUCCUCCGCAGUACAGCACCAUCUUUGGCAGCAGGCUCUCUUCCAGCUCUACUCCUGCCAGUUCCCCCGGUGUCGAUACAGUCUCCAGCUCCCAAACCUUUGCAAAUUUCCCCAACCCAUUCAGCUCCGGCUCCAGCUCUGCUUCCCAGCAGCCCGUUGCCCUCUCCCCCAGUAACCCCUUCAGCAACGCAUCAGGAGGUGACUCCAGCGCGUUUGUCACCUCGCCGACCUCCGUUUUUCCUCCGUCCGCCUCUUUCCAAGCGCCCACCACCCAGAAUGCAUUUCCUCAUGAGUCCGCCAGCAACCAGGAAGCCAAUGGUUUUGCCUCCUUCCCUGCACCUGACUCUCAGCCCAAAGUCCCUCGGCCGAUGUCGGUAAACCCGUUUACGGGGAAUGUUUACCCCAGUGGAGGGACUUCGCGAAAUCCUUUCAUCUGACCCUCCCUCCUCUCUCCCUACAUUAGCGCCCCCCCCACCCCCACCCCCAACUUUCAUCUCUGGGAACCGAGGGAGAAGUGAACUUGAGGAGUCACUGCCAUUUCAAUGCCUUUGGAGUAUUUUCACCCUCUAAAGGGAGGGUCUGACCCCCUCCCUUCUUCUCCUCCUCUCUCUCUCUCUCUCUCUCUCUCCCCUCCCUCUCUGUCUGUGUUUACGUGUUUGUGGAGGAGGAGGGGGGGAAUGUGUGAAUGUAAUUAUGAAAUUCAUGUACGUAUGUAUGAGAGUGAUUCCCCCCCCGCUGUGAACAUGUCAAAAAAAGGUGUUUGUGUGCCAGUAGACGCCACCUCAGGGCUCUGUGGGAGUCACGAGCAAAUGACGCCUCUAUGAUUUUUAGAAACACACACACACACACACACACACACACACACACACACACACACACACAUAUAUACAUACAUACACAUAUAUAUAUAUAUAUAUAUAUAUAUAUAUAUAUAUAUAUAUAUGAUGCACACAUGUCGCUGCUGCUGCUACUUUGCUUUCAUCUCCUGCUUAAAAGUGCAAAAAAGACCCAGCCCGUCAGUAUUUACAUCAGCGUAUACGUCUCUCGGUUGUCCAAAGGAAAAGCCAGUUGAGCCUCUGCAUCUCGAGUCCCUACAGGUGGUUAUAACGGCCUCCUGAUGCAUGUGAUAAGACAGGCUUUCCUCUUCAGUGGAUGCGUGGAACAUGUUUGCAUUAGUCACAUUUUUAUUUUUUGUUUGUGUGUGUGUCAGGUUUAAUUUUGAAGGGUAAUCUCAUGUUGUUUCCACUCCAAGGCUGCAUGCGCUUAGAGGGCUAAAAGGAGAUGCUACUGAAUGUAAAAGCAAUUUCAGAAUAACUUAACGUAAAAGUAUAUUAAAAAAACAAAAAAACAAACACCAUCGCUUCAUGUACCGGACCAAAAUGUUUCUCGCUCGUUUUUCUGUUUGUUCUUUUGGUUCACACACAGGCAAAGUUUAUUUCCCUUUUUAUUUUUGCCAAAAGGACAAAAAAAGAAGAGAGAUUCAUGUAACAACCUCUUUGUAAUGAAAAGCAUUCAUGUUCAUAAAAUCAGUUGGUUGCUUCUUAAGACA